CAAUUUCUGGAAAAAUCCACCCCCCACUAUCAAUUAUUACAAUCAACUAUUAAUUAUAUUUGAAUAAAUAAUCCAAAAGCUGUUACAUUAACUUUUAAUCAACACCAAAGUCAAGGGGCGUUGGCCUAUUACAGCAUAACUUAUGGAGCAUCAAUGCUCCAGGCCUGCUAAACCACUUUCAUCUUCUUCCUCCUUUCAACCUCAAAUGAAUUUCUAUAUAUACCCAUUAAAACAUUCAAGUUAAGGUUUUCUCUGAGGCCAAAGAGAGAAAAUCGUCUUCUUUUUCUUUUUCCUUUGGAGGAUUAGUGUUAUACCCUGGUGCUGGCCGGAGAAAAUGAGUAGUACUGAAGAUUACAGUGGUCCCUUGAGCGGCCCCUUAAACAAAAGACCGGGGAAAAGAAGCCCCCGGUUCAAUUUACCGGAGAAAGAGGAGCAAUACGUGGAGCUCACCCUGGACGUCCGCGAGAACUCUGUGACUGUGCACAGUGUCAGGGGCACCGCUGAUGCCGUUGGCUGCAGCAAUGAUAAACUGGAAGAGGAUCCUGAGCUGUUGCUGCUAGCAAAAGGCCUGGAGAAGAAAUCUUCUUUUGGGUCGUCAAUGGUAAGAAAUGCGUCGGUCAAGCUCAGGCAAAUGGGAAAUGAGCUGAAGCGGUUGGCUUCCUUUUCCAAGAAGCCUCCACCGGAUCGCUUUGACCGGACCAAGUCGGCCGCUGCUCACGCCCUUAAGGGGCUCAAGUUCAUCAGCAAAACCGACGGAAGUGCUGGAUGGGCUGCCGUGGAGGUGCGGUUCGAUGAAAUCACUGCUUCUAAUGGCGGUGCCCUGCCCCGCUCACGCUUUGGUGAAUGCAUAGGAAUGAAGGAUUCGAAGGAAUUCGCAGGGCAAUUAUUUGAUGCACUUGCUCGGAAAAGGAACAUUCAAGGAGAUUCAAUUUGCAAAGCAGAGUUGAAAGAGUUCUGGGAUCAGAUCUCCAAUCAAAGUUUUGAUGCCAGGCUUCAAACUUUCUUUGACAUGGUGGAUAAAGAUGCAGAUGGGAGAAUCACUGAGGAAGAAGUUAAAGAGAUUAUUAGUCUAAGUGCUUCUGCAAAUAAGCUUGCAAAUAUUCAGAAACAAGCUGAGGAAUAUGCUGCCUUGAUCAUGGAAGAAUUAGACCCUGACAAUUUAGGAUAUAUCAAGAUACAUAAUUUGGAGAUGCUUUUGCUUCAAGCACCAGCGCAACCUGUGAGGGCAGGGGAGAGCCAGAACUUGAGCACAAUGUUAAGCCAGAAGCUGAAGCCUACAUACGAUCAAAACCCAGUGAGGAGGUGUUAUAGAUGCACCAAAUACUUUCUGUCAGACAAUUGGCAGAGACUUUGGGUGAUGGCUCUGUGGACUGUGGUCAUGUGUGGCCUUUUUGCAUAUAAAUACAUUCAGUAUAGGCGACGAGCAGCAUUUGUGGUGAUGGGUCAUUGUGUGUGCAUGGCUAAGGGAGCGGCCGAGACGCUUAAGCUCAACAUGGCUCUGAUUCUAUUGCCAGUGUGCAGAAAUACGAUCACUUGGCUCAGGAACAAGACCAAAUUAGGCGUAGCAGUCCCCUUUGACGACAAUCUCAACUUCCAUAAGGUGAUUGCUGCUGCAAUUGCAAUGGGGGUCGGGAUUCACGCGAUUACUCAUCUAGCAUGUGAUUUCCCACGCUUGCUUCAUGCUGGAGGUGACUAUGAGCUAAUGGAGCCAUACUUUGGGAAGCAACCUAAGAGCUACUGGUUUUUUGUGAAGUCGGUGGAAGGAGUGACAGGGAUUAUAAUGAUAGUAUUAAUGACCAUAGCUUUCACUCUAGCGAUGACUUGGUUCCGUCGUGAAAAGCUCAAGCUACCCAAACUCUUGAAGAAGCUCACUGGCUUCAACGCCUUCUGGUACUCCCACCACCUCUUUGUCGUCGUCUACUCUCUUCUAAUUGUCCACGGAAUCUUCCUCUACCUCACCAAAGAAUGGUACAAGAAAACGACCUGGAUGUACUUAGCCAUUCCUGUUUCCCUUUACGCUUGGGAAAGACUUACUCGGGUCCUUAGAUCAAGCAUCAAAGCUGUGUCAAUAUCGAAGGUGGCUGUUUAUCCAGGAAAUGUUCUGGCACUUCACAUGUCAAAGCCUCACGGGUUCAGAUAUAAGAGUGGACAGUACAUGUUUGUCAAUUGUGCUGCAGUGUCCCCAUUUGAAUGGCACCCGUUUUCCAUUACUUCAGCUCCCGGCGACAACUACCUUAGCGUUCACAUUAGGACCCUUGGAGAUUGGACCCUACAACUCCGAACUGUAUUUUCAGAGGUAUGUCAACAACCCGAUAAUGGCAAGAGUGGACUCCUAAGAGCCGACUGCGUGCAAGGACAAAACCCAGAUUUCCCAAGAGUUCUGAUUGACGGUCCAUAUGGGGCACCGGCACAGGACUACAAGAAAUAUGAGGUUGUCUUGCUGGUGGGGUUGGGAAUUGGAGCUACUCCGAUGAUCAGCAUUUUGAAGGACAUAGUGAACAAUAUAAGGGCCAUGGAGGAGGAAGAGGAAAACGUGGGAUUGGAAAAUGGAAAUGGAUGGGUUAGUCCUCCUCCAAAGAGAAAAGAUAGUUUCAAGACUAGGAGGGCCUACUUUUACUGGGUGACAAGGGAACAAGGCUCCUUUGAUUGGUUCAAAGGUAUCAUGAAUGAUGUUGCGGAGCAGGAUCACAACCAUGUAAUUGAGCUACAUAACUACUGCACUAGUGUCUAUGAAGAAGGUGACGCUCGGUCUGCCCUCAUUGCCAUGCUUCAGUCCCUCAACCAUGCCAAAUGUGGCGUGGAUAUUGUCUCUGGUACAAGGGUGAAAUCUCACUUUGCCAAGCCUAAUUGGCGCACCGUGUACAAACGCAUCACACUCGAUCAUCCCAGCAGCCGAGUUGGGGUGUUUUACUGUGGACCACCGGCACUGACAAAAGAGCUACGCCAGUUGGCUUCGGACUUUACUCACAAGACAAACACCAAGUUUGAUUUCCACAAAGAGAAUUUUUAAUCUACAAAGGAUAAGGAUAAGGAGAAGCAAGAAUGUGGAUCAUCUUGUAUGAGAAUCAACCAUGAUCCUAUACUCUUUCUCUCUUGUAAAAUGAUUUUAAUUAUGGGUCCUUCUUUUUGGCUCCUAGUUAUGUAAUUAUAAUUCUAUAAUAAAUUGUGUUGCACAUGUUUAACAAUGGAAAAUUAGCAAAUAAUGACGGAAAGAACAA